UAAACUCCAAUCUCAUCAUGCAUGCCCACUUCUGUCUGGUAGUCCUGAUUCUUGUGCUGGCUCUUGAUAGUCAAGUUUAUGCAGGAAGAAUCAUUGGAGGACAGGAGGCUGCGGCACACAGCAGGCCUUACAUGGUGCUUGUGGAGAGGCUUGGCAGUAAUAAGAUCUGCGGAGGCUUCCUUCUGAACGAGGACUUUGUCUUGACAGCAGCACACUGCCAAGACAGGUCCUACACAGUCCUCUUAGGACUUCAUAAUUAUUAUGAUCAAAACGGGGUCCAGAAAGUGUCUGUGGAACAAGCGUUCCCACAUGAAGACUAUAAUCCUAAGAACUGCCUGCAUGACAUAAUGCUUCUUAAGCUGAGCUCCGAGGUAAAAUACAGCGCAACGGUAAAAUCCAUUCCCCUCGCGGUUGGAGAUGACGGCCAUCUGCCACAGUCCUGCUCGGUCGCAGGGUGGGGACGAAACGACUCUAAAAGCAGCAAUAGUUCUCCCAUCCUCAUGGAGGCCAAUCUCACAAUGAUUGAAAAGGAUGUGUGUAAGAAGAUGAUUUGUCAAAGGAUGAGUGAGGAUGAGUUUAAAAUGUUGAAGGUGUACUGCUCCAAUGGAGACGCUGGACCACGGCAGGGAGACUCUGGAGGUCCACUGGUGUGUGAUGGGAAAGCAUAUGGGGUGGUGUCCUUUGGAGACAAAAAGCCGGACAAACCGCUUUUUUGUACUUACACCAAGAUACCCGACUAUAAAAGCUGGAUCGAUGCAACUGUCAAACGUGCUCGGAAAGCUUCUGUGUAAAUCAUGCUAUUUUGAUUCACAGUUAUUUUUUUAAGUUGAUGCUAAACUCGCUUGCAUAUGGAAAAAAUAGCUUUAAAUGAAUUCAAUGAGCCUGUUUUCAAAGUUUGGUCAUCAAAUUGAAUUUAAAUGAGCUGCUUUGCAUAAACUGUCAGAAGUGACAUGCUAUUUUCAUGUUUUUUUUUCUCUUUUGCUGUAUGAACUAAUUAAUGUGAUUAAUUGUGGUUUAAACCAAUAAGCCAACUGUUUUGUGUAUCCAACAAUAUUCCACAUGAGAACAGUUUAAUAAAUGAAUUUGUGCUUAUCUG